UUCAACUUCAAUCAAAAGUUGACAUUUAACUAAAUUAUAUUUGCUUUAUUUAAAUUUGAUGAAUUUGUUAAUGAAACAAGUAUUGGUGUUCUAAUUAUCUACAUUGUUGUAAAGAAGAAUGUCGAAGGAAGCUGCAAAAACAUGUUUGAAAGUCGGCAGACCUGUGAUGUCAACAAACAUGGCACAAGCACACACUCGUGUUAUAGGCUUGUAUAGGGCAUUUUAUAGAUAUAUUCCAUAUAUAUUAAAAUAUUUCGACAUUCCCAAGAACCAGGAGGACUGUCGCAAAAAAUUACGGGAAUAUUUCUAUCGCAACAAAUUCGUCACUGAUGUGCGCGUCGUUGAUAUUUUAGUGAUCAAGGGCUAUAUGGAGUUGAAAGAGGUAACCCAUCAAUGGCAACAAAAAGGUUACAUGAUGUCUCAUUGGAAUCCAUCAGCAGAACGAGCACCUGUCACUUUCGUUGAAAAGUUUUUGGCGGGUGUUGAUUAACACAAAAUAAAGUAAACAAUUAAUUCAUGAUUUUAUUGAUCACGUUCAAGCACAUCACAAGCCUU